CAUAAGGAUACUUUAGUAAUUUGAUCACGCAUGAGUAUAUUCGUCAUACCGCUUCUUUCGCUGGGUGCGUGGCCUCCACGAAUUUCUUCUCUCUCUCUCGACCCUUCUUCGUCUCCGUUCUCUGCAACUACUUCAGUGCUGAAAAAUUAAAUUGGGAAAAAUAAUUUGCUGAACCUUCAAGCAAUGGGUUCCAAAGCGAUGGCUAUGGCAGCUGAGAAGAUAGGGACGGCGGUGAGGCGACAAGCAGUUUCCUUAACCGACGCCGCUGCCUCUAGAAUACGCGUCUUGCUUCAGCAGCGUCAGAGACCGUUCUUAAAGCUCGGCGUUAAAGCUCGUGGUUGUAAUGGCUUAUCUUAUACCCUAAAUUAUGCAGAUGAAAAAGGGAAAUUUGAUGAGUUGGUUGAGGAUAAGGGUGUUAAGAUAUUGAUUGAUCCCAAGGCUCUUAUGCAUGUUAUUGGAACCAAGAUGGAUUUUGUUGAUGACAAACUAAGAUCUGAGUUCGUUUUCAUCAAUCCAAAUUCCAAAGGCCAGUGUGGUUGUGGUGAAUCUUUCAUGACAAAACCAAGUCCUGGAGCCGCCUAAGCAAGGAAAUGGUUGAAAUUGUCAUUCAACUUGGUGCUGAUCCACACUUAUGAAGUCUUUCUUUCAUGAUUUCAUUGUUGAAUUCGCAAAUACCAAUUGGAUUUCUGAAAAUUUUCUUGCAAGAACAGAGGAAAAUAAAAACUUUGCUAUACUGACACUGAUACGGUUUCGUAUACAGAGUUUUCUGAAGCUGAUGCUGACUAGGCUUAAGACAUCAAUAAUAUGUACUAGCAUAUCAUUUGUUUAGAUGAUUCUUAUUUCAUGUAAAACAAUUGUAUUAUAGAAAUUGUAUAAUUUGUAGUUUCAAAAAAUCAAUAAAAUAAUUUUCCCCUUAUUUUUAUAAUCAGCAGAUCAGGCCCUGAACAUUUUUUCUUA